AUGGAAGAUGUCUCGGCGGAUGUUACAGAAGAGGGAACUAGUAUCGGUGAGGAGGAGGGGGAACUGUGCUGUAAUAGAGAGCCACCUGGGAGAUGGGGGAGAGAGCAGAGUAGAGAGGAGGAGAAGGAGGCAACGGCUACCCAAACAGAACAUACAAAACAGACAGCGGAGGAAUCACAAAAAGAGUUUUCUGAGGAAACCAGAAGUGAGUCUAAAGAAAAACUAGUGGCAUCUACUGCAGAGGAAGAGAAAGUUGACCUAUUUGAGGCAUUUAUCAGUGAUGGGCCUGAAGACAAGACAAGCCAGGAGGACAUAUCUGAAAAGGCAACACCUGAUAAAACCUACAGAAGACGCAGCCUGACUCAACAUCCCUCCAAGUCUGUACAGGGACCAAAAUACAGAAUGGUUAAAAAAACAAAGGCAGAUAUGCAGGCCGAAAAGGCAGAAGAACAGAGGGUUAAAGCAGAAAAGAAAAGGUUGAAAAAGGAGGCCAAACAAAAAUCAAAAAAAACAAUAAAGAAGCCACAGAUUGAGGACAAAUCCAGUUCUGGAAGAGAGGAGAUUAAGUCAACAAUAGGUCUUUCCCCCAUACAAGUUGACACAGAAAAGAGCAAGACCCUGUUUGCAAACAAAAGGAAAAAUAAAAACAAGAAGGAUGACUCUGUAGAUGCUGAUUUGGAAAAGGAAGAGGAGGAGGCUGAACCAGCGUUGACCAAAGCCAUCAAAGACCAACACCGAAUAAUGCUGCUCAGAGCCAAAGGUAAAGACCUCAGAGCCAUUCUGGAGCCUGAAGAACAGCGGAAUGCCCAAGCUGUUGUGAAAGGGAAGCCACAAAGUUUGCUUUUGGACAAGGUCAAGAUGAAAUCUGUCCGAGACAAAGGUAAUAAGACCUUAGCAAAUCCUGAUUUGGCAACAUCAAUGAGUGAGGUCACUGAGGGGGGGUCCAUCAAACCAAAAGAAGGUUUGAUAGCAGAAAGAAAAGGUAUGGCAGCGCUUCACAGAGUGUCUGGUUGGAUUCAGAAGAAAAUAAAGAGGGAUUUAAAUUUUAGAAAGAAACUUUCUGCUUGGAAUAAGGCCAUUGGUGUCUCUCGUUGGCUUUCCCUACAGGCCAUAAAACAAAAACAAGGCAGCAGAAAAUCCAAUUUCCUCAAACACAGGAUGGCCAUGAGAGUUGUCAGUAAAACCAGUGUGGCCAGAAGGCAAAUGGCUAAAGCGAAAGGUAGUCUUCAGGGAAUGGUAAAGGAGGGAGGGGAAGAAGCAGUCCCAGCUGAAGAAAAAGAGGUAUAUGCCAAAUAUGCUGUAGUACUCCCCAGGAUGAACAUAGUGGGCAAGACAAAGACAGAAUCAGCACCCCCAGGAACUCCUGGACCUUCAACUUCAUCAACUACCACUGAAUCACUAGGAGAGCCCACUACCUUAGAGCCCAAACCCCCAAGACCAGGUGCCAGGCUCGUGCUCCCUGUCAAUUCAGAUCUUCUCAAUUCCAACAAGAAGCCCUUGCCAGGGCCAUUAAUAUCAGUUGGGGAUGUAGAGAGGGUCUCUGGGUCCAGCGGUUCGCUGAAACGAUCAUCCAAACCUGAGGACAGGAGGGCUGCGCUUGAAAAUGAGAAUGGAGUCAGUGUGCUACAGGCUGCAAGAGGCAAACUGGACCCCUUCCAGAUCAACUUCACUAAGAUGUCCUUGUCAGGGGAAACAAUAGGUGGAGGACUGAGUCGGGUCAAAGUAUCAGAGCCAAAGGGAGAGGAUGCCACUGGGAUACCUAGGUCAACCACUCAGCCCUUACCAAAUGAAGAGGCAAAUGUAGUGAUGUCAAGUGUCUGCUUCUGUGAAGAGGAGACAGACAGGGAAGUAGCCCAGCUGAUGAGUGUGGGCAGUAUACAUACUAUCACCCUACCAGUGAUGCACUGGGCUGGAAUCCCGCGGAUGAGUGGAGACCCUCAGGAAUGGUUACAUGCUGAGAACCUAAUGCCGCACCAAAAGCUAAACAAAUGGACAGUCUAUGACAAUGGGGGCCAGGUCAGGACUGUUUCUGCUGUCAAUGGUAGGGCCCCCUGGGAAUCAGAGGACCCCACCCAGGAGAUGUUGGAGAGUCAAGUAGUCAGCACACAGGUGGUAAUGCCAGGCAGCAGAAGACCUGUAGAAGUGGAUGAGGUGGAAGAUCUGUCACAGUUGAAAAAUGUGUGCGACAGCUCUGUGCUUUUGAAUCUGAAGAAGAGGUUUUACCGGGAUUGUAUUUAUACUUACAUUGGAAAUAUGCUACUGUCCAUUAACCCCUUUAAGCCCCUUAACAUCUACACAUCUGAGCUGAGACAGAAAUACCAGGGAAAAGAGCAACAGAGAAACCCACCCCAUGUGUAUGCCAUUGCCAACUGCGCCUUCAACGAGUCUCAGGCCUCCACACAGGAGCAGUGCAUCAUUAUAAGUGGCCAGAGUGGUUCAGGGAAAACUGAAGCUGCCAAGAUGAUAGUCCAUUACAUCAGCUGCAUGUAUCAGGGCAGGAAUAACAAUCUUCGACAGCCCAUGGAGGUUUUUCCAAUUCUGGAGAGUUUUGGGAAUGCCAAGACCAUCCUCAACAACAAUUCCAGCCGCUUUGGCAAGUACCUCCACAUCCACAUUCUCCAUGGUGUUGUUGUAGGGACCUCAUUGUCCAGAUAUCUUCUUGAGAAGUCCAGGGUGGUAUUUCAGGCCCAUGAGGAGAGGAACUACCAUGUGUUUUAUGAGCUGCUUCUAGGUAUGAAUGACUGGGACAAACAGGAGCUCUACCUGCAGGGACCUGAGACCUAUUACUACCUAAACCAAGGUGGAACCUGUAAGUUGAAUGGGAAACUGGACAAAAAGGACUUUGAACUUUUGGUUCAGUGCUUUGAGACCAUUGGACUCCAUGCUAACCAGGUCUCCACCAUCUGGGCCAUUCUGUCCUCAAUUCUGCACCUUGGCAACAUCUGCUUCAGCUCAUAUGAGAGAGACUCCUUUGAGGUGUCCAACAUCAUCAGCGAGGCUGAGACCAGAAGAGUUGGCUCCUUGUUGCAGAUUUCCUCUGAGGCCCUGCAGACUGUCAUCACUCACAGAGUCACAGAAACAACCUACGACAGGAUCUACUGUCCUCUAUCUGUGGAAAGUGCCAUAGAAUCCCGAGAUGCCAUCGCUAAAGCCAUGUAUUCAGUUUUGUUUGACUGGUUGUUGGAGCAGAUCAAUGACUGGUUAAGUUCCACAGAGAUGGACAGUGAAGUUGGGAUUCUGGACAUCUAUGGGUUUGAGGAUUUGGGAGUGAACAGCUUUGAGCAGCUGUGUAUCAACUUUGCCAAUGAGCAGCUGCAGCACUUUGUCAACAAGGCAGUGAUCUCUCAGGAGCAGGAAGAGUACAGUGCAGAGCAAAUCCAGUGGUACUCAAUGCCACUCAAAAAGCUCCACUCCUGUCUGGAGCUGAUCUCCUCUAGGCCACAAGGAAUCCUCCAUAUACUGGAUGACCAAACCUGCCUCCCCCAGGCCACAGACCAUACCUUCCUCCAGAAGUGCCACUACUACCAUGGGAACAGCCCCUACUAUGCCAAGCCCAAGAGCCAACUUCCAGUCUUCACUAUUUAUCACUAUGCUGGAGCUGUCACUUAUCAGGUGCACAAUUUCCUGAAUAAGAACAAUAACCAGUUCAAGACAGAAGUGGUGGAGCUUCUUGCCAGCAGCCAGUUAAAGAUGGUGUCAGAGAUGUUCCAGAAGGUUCAGGAUGGUUUAAUUCAGCAGAGAGAGUUGAGCUGGAGAGGGAAGGGCCUUCGACAGCCGCCCUCUACUGCUGCCUCCCACUUCCUCCUGUCCAUGAAUGAACUCACCACUCGCCUGGAGAGAUGCAAAACUACAUUCAUUCGUUGUCUGAAGCCAAACUAUUACAAGCUUCCAGGUAUCUUUGAUGUAGACUACAUGUCAGCCCAGCUGAGGCAUACAAGGAUGCUGGAGACUAUCCACAUCAGGAAAGAGGGAUUUCCCAUACGGAUUCAAUACCCCAACUUCGUCAAAAGGUAUGGGGUUCUGCUGCCCCAGCAAUUGAUUGAGGUGUCGGACAGAGAACAGACAGUGGCUCUGCUGGACAGGGUUGAUGCAGUGGAAGAACACUACCAGCUAGGACUCACCAAGGUGUUCCUCAAGGAGCUUCUGUACCAGCAGCUGGAGGAGAAGUGGAGCAGCACUCAGACCUGGGCUGCUACCACCAUCCAGAGGAACAUUAGGGGCUUCCUCUGCAGGAGGAACUUCAAGUUCUUCAGACAAAAAGCCAUUGUCAUCCAAAGCCACAUCCGAGGACACCAGGCCAGGAAGUACUACAAGCGUCUAAAGCAGUCCUUCACCCAGUUCUGGGCAGUGAUGCUGGUGACAAGAGACACCAUCAGGAGACGCCAUUGGAGGAAGCUUAGACUUCUAGUUCCACAGCUGCAACAGGAAUUUCACAAGAGGAACAAAAAAACUGUGACAAAGACUGUCUUUCCAGGAAUGGAUGUGGGGAAGUUGGAGAUCCCUGCUGAGCUGUCAGCCAGACUCCUCAGUGCUGCAGGAUGGCAGCAUUCGCAAGGGGUGGUAGAGGUUGCACCUCCACAUGUGAAGGCAGAACACAAGCUUGCCCUCCCUCUUGAUAUAGACAGUUACCCAUUCUCUGACUAUGCUAAAUCCAUAUUGAAGGAUACAUGGUGCCAGCCUCAGGGAUACCCCCUUCAAAUGCCCCUCACCUCUCUGGAGCCAGGAGAUGCAAAAACUGCUCUGGAAAUUUACAAACUGAUCUUACGGUUUACAGGUGAGUCAGGCCUUAGUGGAUGGCAGGAGCAGAUGUUGGGUAACUACAUCGUGGAGAAGGGCCAGAGCCAGCCAGCUUUGAGGGAUGAGAUCCUGGCUCAGCUAGCUUACCACACAUGGGGCGUGCAGAAAGAGCGGGACAGCCUGAGGGGCUGGCUGCUGCUGGCUUGCUGCCUCAGUGCAUUUGUCCCCUCACCAACACUGGACAAACCCCUGCUCAAGUAUGUGUCAGACCAUGGUCCCAUGGAGUACCGCUCACUGUGCCAACACAAAAUGCUGACAUCUCUGCAGCUCUCAACUCCCACUUCCCGCAUCUACCCACCCACCCAGCUGGAGUGGACUUCCAGCCAGAGGAAGGGCACCAUGGUGCUUGAUUUACACACCUUCAAUGAUGAAAAACUAACAACUGAAGUUGAGUCAUGGACCACUGGUGAGCAGCUGGCCUCUUGGCUUCUCCAUUUCAGAGGUGUGUCGGAGGCAGUGGAGGGCUGGUCAGUGACUCUUCUGACCGAUGAAGGCUGGUCAGACCUGGCUGGCUCAGAUUUUGUCAUGGAUCUGCUAGCUGGUGCAGAAACUGAAAAGCUGCCACCACUAGGAACGCCCUCCUCCACAAACUCUGACUACCUGUUCAGCAGCCAUGGAGAAAGAAUGCCAACUACAGAUAUGGAUGACAUCAUCCCACCAGCACCACCAGUGAAAGCACCGGGGCUGCCCCCUUUUGAGGGAAGCCUAUGGGGCUUUGAUCAUCCCCAGGAAGGUAGGCGUGGUCGACAGAUAGAUGCCUACGUUGAUGACUUGUUUGAUCCUGUACUCGACCAAGGACCUCCGGAUAUGGAAAGAGUAGCCAUGAUAAAUUACAGGAUGAAAGGAGGAGGAGGGAUUGGACCAAUGCAGCCUGGCAUAUAUGGAGCUGGCAUGACAAUGGCAAUGCCAAGCUAUCCUAUGGGAACAUCAGUUCACCCCCAAAUGCCCAGUUAUGGUGCAGCUCCCAUGAUGUCAACAAUGCCAGGCAUGCCCACCAUGCCAGCCAUGAUGACUCUGGCUCCCAUGCCUGCUCCUCCUGUCAUUGACCCAUUUCAGACUGCAGCAACACAGCAGGCCGUCAUCAACCAACAGGCCUGUCUCAUGGCCCAGCAGAUGACCAUGCAAGCAAUGAGUCUGUCCCAGCAGCAGAUACAGGAGCAGAGACAAAAAGAGCAGGAGAGAGAGCUGGAUAAGGAGAGACAGAGGCAGCAGAAACUUCAGUCUGAUCAAUUCUUAAAGGAACGCUCUCCCUCACCCCCACCUGUCCAGACCAAAACACCCACAACUAAAUACACUUCUACCUACAGGCAGCCUGAGCCAGAACCAGAAAGAGAGAUUGUGUUACCAGAUCCAGAUGACCUGCACUCUUUCACAGACAAGAAGGAUUACUUCCAAAAGAUUGGCACUCAGCCCCAAGGUGAAUCCAAAACCCCAAAGCCUCAACUGGCCCUCUCCAGCCCACCCAGACAGAAGCAUCUCAACCUGCCAGUACAUCAUGCAUCAGCCCCACCUACAGCGCCUAAGCCUAAGGUGAAGGGUCCCCUUGUCCCUCCUGCUAGAGAAGCAGAUCCCCCGAUCGUCACACCUACCGAGCCGCACGUCAAACCCACCUCCAACAUCCGAGAAAUUAUCAAACAGUACAACAGCCGAACACCACCAGAGCCCAAACCCUUUGAGCCUGUCAGACCCCCUGCAAGGCAUUUUGCAAAGAAGUGUGACCCCAAAGAGGAAGCUUUGGCCAAACUCAAAAACAAAGCACCAAUGCCAGAACAGGUCAGGGUGUGUGUGCCUCCUCCACCACCAAUCGAGCCUGAGAUUGAGCAGCCUUCUCUCAGAACCCAGCCUUCACCUCCCUCCAACAGGGGACCGCACAUCAUUUCCAGCAGCAUGAAGCAGAAGCAGCGCUCCCUGAUAGACCUGUUCGGUUCACAGCGCUCCCAGAACCCUCUACCUGACUCGCCACCACCUCCUCCACAACCUACAUCCAUCCAACCGGAUAUCCCUGACCCCCCAGCCAUGGCGGCCCCAUCUCUCUAUAUGAUGCCAGAUGAGGAGAGCAUUCAGUCCCAACUCCAGCGCUUUUCAGCAGGCGUCUUCUUCUCUUACUCCGACAUGCUGGGAAAACUGUUUAUGCGAAAAGAAGUGUUUUACCCUAAAGAGAUGUUCAACCAGCCGUACAUCCUCAAUCUGUUAUGUGAACAGAUCAUGAGGGACACGUACUCUGACAGCUGUAUGAGGAUCAGCAGAGAGGAGAGGAGGAAGAUGAAAGAUCUACUAGCCAAUUUCAGUGUGGGAACAACUAUAAGCACCAUCCAGGAUGACAACAUGAAGAAAAGGAUCAUCAUUGCUGCUCGAGACAACUGGGAAAAUUACUUCAGCCGACUGUUUCCUCUGUUGCAUUCAGACGGUGGGGAUGCUCAGGUUUUGGGUGUGUCUCAUCGUGGAAUUCAUCUUCUGAAGGUAGCCAGAGCAUCAGGCAUCAACUCCAAACAUCUCCGUCUGCUUAGAAGCUACAGUUUUGCAGAGUUGCUGUCAGUUGACCUCCAAGAUGCUGACAAAGUUAAACUGGAGUUGAAGAGUGAAAACGUGGUAAUGCAGUCCACCAGAGCGCCUCAGAUCACUGCUAUGAUCAGAUUAUUCCUUCAGGAGAUUAUCAAGGACUCAGGUCAUGUCAUUGCCCUGAAGAGUUUUGUGACAGAUGACAAGAGUCUGCUCAGUUUCUGCAAGGGUGACAUCAUCAAACUACUACCAAUGGAAGGACUCCAGACAGGCUGGCGUUUUGGGACCAUGGGAGCGCGCUCUGGCCUUUUCCCAGAGGAUGUUACUCAGCCAUCUGCAGCCCUGGACUACAACUGUCUCCACCUUGAACGAAGAGAUACUUGGAGGAAAAGCAUAAGGGGCACCAAAUUAGUCUCUCCCCCCAAGGCCCUGUCUCCUGGUCCUAUCCGCAGACACAGUGCUGAUUCAGAGGGGCCCAGCAGAGAUGCCUUGCUGCAGGGCUCAGUACAGGGAUCAGUCGAGAGACCAGUACAAAGCUCAACUCAGGGCUCAGUCGAUGAUGUGGAGAUUCUCUCGGCCAUGGCUAAGUUUGCCAUCAAAUACUUUAGAGUGGGGAAUGCGGGUCUGCCUGCCGGUGGAAGGAGUUUUUCUGAGGUGGUUCAACACACAGAGGUGGUCAUCCAGGAAUCCCUCAUUUUCUACAAUGAUCCUGAAAUCAAUGAAUUAUCUGUCCAGUGCUUCAUGAACUUGAUGCAGUUCAUGGGUGACAGGCAAUUGAAAAAGAAAACAACCCAGUCAGACUGCCUUCGCCAAAUUUUAUUGCUAGGGAAGGAGAAAGAGCUGUUGAGAGAUGAAAUCUACUGCCAGGUCAUCAAGCAAACCACCAACAACUCAACCAAAUCCAGUUGUAUCCUUGGUUGGCAGCUGCUCACCCUGAUGACCGGGUUCUUCCCCUACUCUGGUACUCUGCAGCCAUACGUCACACUUCACCUUAACAACAUCUCUCAGGACUAUGAACAUCCAUACCAAGAGAUGGCAAAUGUAUGUCUGGAUAACCUUCAACGAUCUCUCAGUUUUGGCGGUCGCCGUAACAUCCCCUCACAUAUUGAGAUGAAGGCCCUUCUGGCCGACAAAACCUUUAGAAAUAUUCAUAUCCAGCUACCAGGAGGAGGAGAUUUCCCCAUCAAGAUACACAGCUUCAGUAUGGCAGCAGAUGUGGUAGAGGAGUUCUGUAAAGAAAUUGGUAUCUCAGAUCUCACAGAAAUCAGAGAGUUCUCCAUCCUCUCCAGGAGACUUAAAGACGGGAUUGUGCGUCCCCUCCAUGCUAAGGAGUAUCUGUUUGACUUUUUGCUGGAUGACAACUCCAUCGUCUUGUUUCUGAAGAGAGUGAUUUGGAGAAGCCCUCUGUCCUUCAGGAGUGAACUCUAUAUGGAGUUCCAUUACCAGCAGCUCCUGGGCGACUAUCUGAGUGGGUUGCUGAUGCUUCCUCCUGCUGCAAGUGGUUCCUCAUCAGUCCAGCACAUAGCAGAGCUUUCAGCUCUGCAGCAUCUGGCUCGUGGACGAGGGAAUCAGCCCUCACUGCCAGAGAUAAAGGAGUACCUGCCCCCCCAACUGGAUUGGUUCAGGAGUCAAGCUGAGGAGAUCCAGUCAUUUUGUCUGGGUCAGAUAGCUGCCAUGCAGUCCCUCAGCCCUCAAGAAGCCAAAAUACGAUUCGUUGAGUUUAUGAGCAGACUGCCAUUGUUUGGUUUCAACACCUACUUGGCUAAGACGGUCAGCCAGCAUGGCUGUCCCUCCCCCUGUGUGGUCAGCAUCAGCGAGGAGGGCAUGCUGUUUCUUCACCCUAAAACACAGGAGCAAGCUUUUAUGAUUCCUCUGGCAGAUGUACAGGCCAUGUGCACCAUUCGACCCAAGAGACGAGGCAAAGGGCCAGCAGUCAACAUCAAUUAUGGCAAUCCAGCGCACCCCAAAAAUGUCACCAUUUAUCUCAAACAGGCUAAGGAGUUGUGCCACAUCCUUGCUGUGAUGAUCGAAGAGUUAAUCGGGCCAUCAGUUAACAGCUCCAUUUCAAAUUGCUAGGAGACACACAGACACACACACUGACACACACACACAACCUUGUACUAUCUUAGUGAGGAUACGCAUUGGCAUAAAGCAUUCCCUAAUACGUUACCCUAUCCUUAACCAUCACAACUAAAUGCUUAACCUUAACCUUUACCGUAACCUAAACCUCAUUCUACCCUAAUCUUACAACCUAGUCUUGACCCUCAAAAAGCUCUUGGAAGAUGUGUCAGAAAGUGAAGACCAGCCAAAAUGUCCUCACUCCGUAAGAUCAUUAUUCAAAAUGUUUAGAUUUAUGUACACUUACUCAUUUUGUUUUGUGUAGCUCACAUUUGGGUACAUUACAUAGAUUUGCUUUCAUUUCCUGGAGAUUUACCAUAAUCCUAACCAUUACUUGCUGAACCCUUGCCCUAAUCGUUUCCCUAACUGACCCAAAAAUUUGGGUUAUUUUUGUUAUUGUUCUUUUUUUAUGUAACUCUGUGUUAUUGUUGAAAAUUAACUGAAUAUGACAAUGAACACAUGAUGCUUAUAUUCUCUUCAGUGUUAUAUAUAUAUAGACUGAAUUUGGGAGGGAAUGGGUUGAUUUGCCAGAUGUUGCAAAGUAUAUUAUAUAUGUUCAUUUUGUGCUUUAGAGUUCAAUAACACCAUUGUAUGAAUUUAAAGCUGGUUAAUCAUUACUGGAAUUUGUUUUAGUAAUAUCUUGUAAUAUAUAUGUACUGUAAUAUAAUAAGUAAUAUAUAAGUUGAUAAUUCAUAAAUAAUAAAGAAAUGUGUCGAUUCAA